UGAUUCACAAGCCCCUCAAUGUGUUCAGCGGAUGCUGGAGCUUCCUGAAAGACCAAUCUAGACCAAGGUGUGUCACCGAGCUUGGAAAGCUGUUUCCUCUACCUUAGUUGGUGAGGAAGUUGUCUUUAGUAAGCAAGUUUGGUAGCAACCAGGAAGACAUCGUGAAGCUAUCUGGUGAUUUCCCGGAAUUCGAACCCUUUCUCGUGUCUAUUUACGCACUCUUCAAUAUAGAAGAGAGGAUCUAUAAUCUCCCCGUGCACUGCGAUUACUACAUCCCACGACACCACUCAUGACACCACGCACGAUGGCCAAAAAGAAAGUUCUAGUCUGCUAUGGCGUCGACAUUGAUGCCGUCGCUGGCUGGCUUGGAUCUUAUGGCGGGGAGGAUAGCACCAGCGAUAUCAGUCGAGGUCUCUGGGCAGGUACCGUGGGUACCAGACGUCUACUGAAACUCUUCGAGAAAUACAACAUCAAGGCAUCAUGGUUCAUCCCGGGACAUUCCCUUGAAACCUUUCCAGAAGAGUGCGCUAUGGUUAGAGAUGCGGGUCACGAGAUUGGACUGCAUGGAUACAGCCACGAAAACCCCGUUGACAUGUCUUUUGAACAGCAACGCGAUGUCCUCGACAAGACAUUCCGCAUGCUGACCGACUUCUGUGGCAAGCCGCCACGUGGAAGCGUCGCUCCUUGGUGGGAAGUUAGCAGGGAGGGAACGGAACUCAUGCUGAGCUAUGGCAUCGAGUACGACCAUUCGAUGUCUCACGAGGAUUGCCAGAUGUACUGGCUUCGAACCGGCGACUCCUGGACCAAGAUCGACUACACCAAGAAAGCUGAGGAGUGGAUGAAGCCCCUUGUCAAGGGUACGCCAACGGGAAUGGUUGAGAUUCCCGGAUCGUGGUACAUUGAUGAUCUCCCACCCAUGAUGUUCAUAAAGAACUCGGCCAAUUCCCAUGGCUGGGUCAACCCAAGGGAUGUGGAGGAUAUCUGGCGAGAUCAUUUCGACUACUUCUACCGUGAAUAUGAUGAGUUCAUCUUCCCAAUGACAAUUCACCCUGACGUGUCUGGGAGACCUCACGUUCUGCUGAUGCAUGAGAGAAUCAUUGAGCAUAUCAACAAGCAUGAAGGUGUUGAGUGGGUUACAAUGGCAGAGAUGUGUGAUUACUUCAAGAGCAAGAAUAACCCCCCGAGGGUGCGAUGAUGCCUGCACCCCCUGGUGAGAUCUUGAAGAAGAGCACAGUGUAAUUAAUUACACCAAAGAGGACAACAAAUGAAGCUGCACUAUAUUUGACUUGAUCCCUACGCGGGAGACUUACUCAACACAAAUGAAGACGUCAUUUCAGACCUAUCAAAUAAGAAUUCCCCUAAGAACAAAUA